AUGGAAUUGAAAGUUUUGCUUAUUUUUGGAUUUAUUCCUUCUAUACUAUGCCAAUGUACCAUAGAGACCGCUACACCGCAAUUCAGCAGGGCGGUGUUCGACUUCACAGUCGAUCUUAUGACGAGGAUCGCCGAGGAGAAAGAAAACCAUUUCGUGGCGUCGACCCUCUCGCCGUGGGCUCUGUUGUCCUGCAUGUCACUGGGCGCGACGGACACCACCCUGGCCGAGCUGAGGGACGUCCUUCAGCUUCACGGGCACUCGUGUUUUAACAAUAAGUUCCUGGAGAUCGUGAAGACGAUUAACUCCGACGCUGACCCUGAUGUAGUCGUGGAAAGAAGCUCGAUCAUAUUCUCCGACAAAAAUCUACCCAUCAAAAACUCAUUCAGAAACACGCUGCAACGCAAAGGCGUGACGGAUUUUCAAGUGAUUUCCUUCGACAAUGCAGAUUUAGCAGCGCAGGUCGUUAACGACUACGUGAACCAAGCCACGCACCAGACAAUAGAGGAGAUGGUCACGCCCGCCGAUUUAGAUGGUAUUGUCUUAGUCAUGAUCGACGCGAUAUUCUUCAAAGGUACCUGGCAAACGCCUUUUGCUAGAGAAGAAACCGAGGUUAGCGCUUUUUAUAACGAAGCCGGGGUGCAAACUGGCGACGUCAACCUCAUGUUUUCUAUGGGUUCUUUCAAUUACAGGGAAGUCGACUUGAUUAGUGCUAGAGUAGUGGAACUACCCUAUGGCACCGACGGUAGAUACGUCGCCCUGUUCAUGUUACCUUACGACAACGUACCGCUAUACACAGUUAUAGAAAAGCUGAAAGAUAUUACCCUGACUACCAUAUACAAAUUGUUCGGUUCGGAAAAGGUGACGGUACAAGUUCAGAUACCGAAGUUCAAUAUGAGCUCGAAUUUGAAUAAUCUCAGGGAACUGCUGAUGGACAUGGGUCUAAGGACGAUGUUCGAUAGUUCGCAGGCGAGGUUUUCCAAGAUCUCUUCGUACGAAUUGUUCGUGUCCGACUUCAUCCAGAAGGCCUAUAUCGAGGUAAACGAAGAGGGAACUACCGCCAGCGCUGCGUCAGAAGCCUCCUUCGCGUCGAGAAGCCUACCGUAUAAGUUCACAGCCAACAAACCUUUUAUUUAUAUGAUUAUCGACAAACAACUCGAAAUACCUUUGUUUGUCGGCGCUUAUUCUAAGCCGAGUGUGUAUUAA